AAAAAAAAUGAAAAAGGAAGUCAGUCGUUUCUCUUCGAGGUCCGUUUGCGUGUGUUGAAGUGGUGAUGAAGGGACGGAAACGCCGCCACGACCCUUACCCAACCCCAGUACCGGAUGAUUCUCGGCGCCGUUUUCCAGCAGCCGAAGCCCAAACUCAAAUUCACCCAUCAGUCAUAAUCGAUGACAGAGAACGGGAGAUCGAAACCCUGCUGAUGGAGAACCAGCGUCUGGCAGCAGCACACGUGGCUCUUAAACAGGACCUCUCUGCCGUUCAACAGGAGCUCCGUCUUCUCUCUUCCACAGCCGCAACCGUCAAAGCCGAAAGUGAUGCUGAAGUCCGUGAGGUUUACGAGAAGGCAAGGAAGAAGGAAUCUGAUGUCCGUAUAGUGGACGAGCUUAGUGUGGAAAUGGCUAUAGUUAGGACAGAUAUACAGAACCUAAAUGCUGACCGCAAAGAGCUUACUGCCAAAUUGCACGACAUGGAGGAUGAUCUCCUUAAGGUUCGUGAAGAGUUACAACAGUUUCCUGUAAUCAAAGCUGAAAUUGAGUCCAUGCAUAAGGAAGUUCAACGAGGAAGGGCUGCUAUUGACUAUGAAAAAAAGAUGCAUGCCAGCAACCUUGAAUAUAGUCAAGCAAUGGAGAAGCAUAAGAUUACUAUGACUUCUGAAAUUGAAAAGCUACAUGCUGAGCUUGCAAAUGCAGAAAAGAGGGUAAGGGCAGCAGCUGCUGCUGCAGCUCCAAGUAAUUCAAACCACCAGUUGGCUGCAGCAACUCCAGGUUUUACAUAUUCUGCCGAUUAUGGAAAUCCUGAAACAGGAUAUCGAGGGAAUCUGUACCCUGCUUCUUAUGCUGUACAUCAGGUUCUUUUCCUGGGUAUGGUGGUGAAAGAGGAAGGAAAGGAAAAGGAAAUGUGGUGAUAACAGAGGUCAUGGGAAUGGCGGAUCGGAGGAGCUGAGAAAAUAAAGAGAUGAGAAAAAAAAUUCAAGGAAAAAAAUGAGCCUCUCAUGCGCCUAGAUUGGAUGUAUUACACUCACGGUGCCAUGUUAGCAAAAAAUGUCUUAAUGACACAGUCGGGCCCUACCCCAGGUGUCCAAAUAGAACAAGGUUUAGUUGAGGUGUACAGUGAAAGAUGCUGCCAACCACAGGUGUCUCUUGAUGGGUUCAACCUUUAAGUAAAGAUGGUCAUGUUGAAGAUGACCAUAACACACUUUUGAGAAU